GUUGUUUUCUCGAGAAUUUCCUGGAAUGCAUAUUGAUAUGGACCAAGAUAUUGGAACUCUUGUGGGACUUUCGAAUAAAUUGGUGCUCGUCGAGUCGGAAAAUAAAGCCGAUGGUAUCGAACCUGCAAGAAAGGUAGUCAUUCCUCACGGAUAUUUAACCGUCUCAGAUUGCACUACACUCCAUCAAAUGGUCACAGUCGACCUUGGCAACUUGCGAAGUCCAGCGUUCUUUGUUUACACAAUGGACCACUACAAAAAGAUGCUGCAAGGUGUGGCGAGUCAAUCCUCGUGGUUGUAUCUUGCGGCUCUUCACGGUACAACGUCCUCCCCACUCACUGAUCCCUUCACCGGUGUGACAGGAACUGAAAUGGCGUUCCAAAUACUCGAAUCCGCUCGAGUAUGGUCGUGCCAACCUUACGACGAAGAAUGCUACGCUAUUCUCAAAAUGAUAUCUGAAUUGUCUCCGAUUAGAGGAUAUUAUCCCACGCAUUUAAAAUGUCAACAGAAAAUCACUUGGCCACCUGGUCUGCCGUCAACUUGUGCACACGAGGGAUUUUCCAUCAUUGUUGACCGUUUGAUUGAAGACUCUCAAAAAUUGACACAGCUCUUUUCAGAGGGUGGAAAAAUUACCAGGGACAUUACCACUGACCCAUUUCUCACUUAUCGGCAUUAUUGGAGACAAUAUCCGCUGGAUAAUUCUGUUCUUCACAUUCAUACGCUCUCCAGCCCUCCAUCCCCAGUGACUUACGAACGACGAACCCUGCUGGAUAACAAGGACUUCGUCAGUGCAAAUGUAAGGGAGCUAAGUUAUCUCUGCCAACAUUGGCAUUCUUACGUUGGCUCUUCGGUCAAGCUACCACGAGAGCUAUUAAUUUACGGCGAAAAAUUGACGGGGUAUGUCUGGGCCAUGCCUAAGAAUAGAAAUGGAAGUUUUGAGAUCCCAAAUUUUGUCAAAUGCCUGGCACAAUUUGAUGAUUUACGCAAUUCCUGGAUGGAUCUCUAUCAACUAGCAAUUUUAGUAGGGCAAAAUGAAGUAUUGCGACCAUGGUGGUCUGUGAUUCUUACAUCUCUGGUAUUUGUUGGCGCUGAUAUGGAACACAUCAGAAUUUUGCAACAUAUUGCUGUGCAUUUCGAAAGUUUUCAAGUGCUUCAGCCCCCAGCAAUCGAAUCGUAUGAAAAUCCAAGCAGCAAGUUUUCUAUUACAGAAGUAACAAAGAUUCUGGAAGGAAAUCCGAUUGCUUUUCAAGGACAUGGAUAUACCACAUACAGGGAAAAACAAGAGGCUGAGAAAACUUAUGAAAACGAACUAUCAUCUGAAAUUUCUAGAAUUUCGUUGGAUGUAGAAGCCCAGUGGAUACCUCGGCACACAAGUAGCAUAAGCAUACAAAGGUCAUACGGAUCUAAAGUAAACCUUGGUGUCGCCGAGGAUGAAAUAAAUCUCCUAAUCAAGAAAUGGUAUAACAAUUCAAAAUUGGAUGAAUUUCUUGAGAAAUUUGAAACUAUAAUGCAAUCAACAAUUCAAAACAACCCAGUUCAAAACCAAUUGAUAUUCUCAAGGUUUGCGAAACUUUCCAACGUGACCGAAAUGCCUCCUUUUCGCCCUGAUACCUUGGAUUUAGCUUCGAUAAUCAAUCGAUCUUCAAUUUUGCUCCAACUGGAUACCAAAAUGGAAGCAUUAAUCUAUGACCAAGUGGGCUCGGACUCCAUGGACUACAGUGCCAAGCAUUUUACGUCAACCAAAGAUUUUUCUAAGCAGCUCCAAGUUAUCAAAAUUCAGUCAAGAUCGAUAUGGAAAAAACUUGGAACUGUAUUGAGCAGCUCAUUAUUCGGCAUCGACUCGCUUAUUGCUGCUGGACUUUUCCCACGACUUGUUCCUUCUACUAUUCUCCCAAUACUUUUGUGGAAAAAUGUUCCUCCCUCAACCGAAAAAUCUUGGGGAGUGAAACUGCAGAAGAUUCAGGAUAUGGUGGGAGCUUUGUGCGUUUAUUGGACCCUUGAGCAGAAGAUGAUACGAUGCGUCAACUUUAUGAAGGCAGGUCCAUCCAUGGAAGUUUCUCUGCAAAGGGAGGAAGAAACCAAAGGUCUCAAAUCAUGGUGUCCUCGGAAAAACUCAGAAUGGCUAUUACUCGAGUUGGAGCUGAACAUGACCAUAAGGCCAAUUCAAGUGAAGGUUGCAAGACAAAUGUUGAAUCCUUCGACCGCUUCGAACAGCGUCCUGCAGUUGAAUAUGGGUGAGGGGAAAACGUCACUCAUCGUCCCCAUGUUGGCAGCUUCCAUUGCAAAUGGUCAACAAAUCUGUCGCGUGACUGUCAUCAAGUCCAUUUUUGAGACCAAUGUAAAUUCCUUAAGACACACGCUGGGUGGACUCCUAAAUAGAAGAAUAUACGUAGUUCCAUGUCGCCGAGAUGUUGAUUUUGACCUCAGCCUCACAGCUGCUAUCAAAUCUGCUUACGUUGAGUGCAUGCAACAGCAAGGGGUCGUCGUCACUCUACCCGAAUACCGCCUCUCGUUUCAGCUAAAGGGCUACGAAUUUGCAAGAAAAGGUAACACCCAAUUGGCUUCCGCUAUAGUAGACCUGCAAAAAUUAUUGGACACCAAUUCGCGAGAUAUCCUUGAUGAAUCUGACGAUAUUCUGUCAGUCAAAUAUCAGCUAAUUUAUACCGUGGGCAGUCAAGUUACAAUUGGCGGUGGUAAUCUCCGCUGGGAAGUUAUUCAGAAUCUACUUAAACGCCUCCCCAAAAUUAUCCUCAGUCUUUUUAAUGAGUUUGGCAAUUCAGCUAUCGAGUAUUUUGAGGAAGAUAUUGCCAACUCAUCCAUAUUUCCAUUUUGUCUACUGAGAUCUGACGUGUAUCCAGAAUUGAUUGGCUAAUGACUUCAUAAAUGGAAAUGUAAUUGGAUUUGCAGAGCUUCAGCCUCAUGAAAAACCGCUCAUUAAAGCCUUUCUGACCGACAAUAGAAUAACAAUUAAGGAUAUUCAACGUGUUAUGAGCUUUCCAUGCGUUAAAGAUACCGAGAAGCAGGCAAUACUUUUAAUUUUGGCUGGUUAUCUACGAUUUGGGGUUCUCGAAUCUGCUCUGCAAAAACGCUGGAGAGUAAACUAUGGCGUCAAUCCGAAAGGUCAUCGAAAACUCGCCGUUCCAUUUAAAGCGAAAGAUGUAGCAAGUGAAAGGACCGAGUUUGGCCAUCCAGACAUGGCCAUAAUUCUGACACAAAUUAGUUACUACUACUCCGGCCUCUCUGAUUCUCAAUUAAUGGAAUGUUUCGACUACCUAAAAUCCAAAUU